GUGCGUGCUCGGGGCUGCGGGCCUCCCGGGCGCUGGGGGAGGCGCGUCCCCCGGCUGGGCGACGCGGGCACUAUGGGGCUCCCCGCGCUCGAAUUCAGCGACUGCUGCCUCGACAGCCCGCACUUCCGAGAGACGCUCAAGUCGCACGAAGCGGAGCUGGACAAGACCAACAAAUUCAUCAAGGAGCUCAUCAAGGACGGGAAGUCACUCAUCAGCGCGCUCAGGAGUUUGUCUUUGGCGAAGAGGAAAUUUGCCGAUUCCUUAAAUGAAUUUAAAUUUCAGUGCAUAGGAGAUGCAGAAACAGAUGAUGAAAUGUGUAUAGCAAGGUCUUUGCAGGAGUUUGCCACUGUCCUCAGGAAUCUUGAAGAUGAGCGGAUACGGAUGAUUGAGAAUGCCAGCGAGGUGCUCAUCACUCCCUUGGAGAAGUUUCGAAAGGAGCAGAUUGGGGCUGCCAAGGAAGCCAAGAAGAAGUAUGACAAGGAGACAGAAAAGUAUUGUGGCAUCUUAGAAAAACACCUAAAUUUGUCUUCCAAGAAGAAAGAAUCUCAGCUUCAGGAGGCAGACAUCCAAGUAGACUUGGUCCGGCAGCAUUUCUAUGAAGUAUCGCUGGAGUAUGUCUUCAAGGUGCAGGAAGUCCAAGAGAGAAAGAUGUUUGAGUUCGUGGAGCCUCUACUGGCAUUCUUGCAAGGACUCUUCACUUUCUAUCACCAUGGUUAUGAACUGGCCAAGGAUUUCAGCGACUUCAAGACUGAGUUGACCAUUAGCAUACAGAAUACAAGAAAUCGCUUUGAAGGCACCAGGUCAGAAGUGGAAUCGCUGAUGAAAAAGAUGAAGGAGAAUCCCCUUGAGCACAAGACCAUCAGUCCCUACACCAUGGAAGGGUACCUGUACGUUCAGGAGAAACGUCACUUUGGAACUUCUUGGGUGAAGCACUACUGUACCUAUCAACGGGAUUCCAAACAAAUCACCAUGGUACCAUUUGACCAAAAGUCAGGAGGAAAGGGGGGAGAAGAUGAAUCCGUCACCCUGAAAUCCUGCACCCGGCGGAAAACAGACUCUAUCGAGAAGAGGUUUUGCUUUGACGUAGAAGCAGUAGACAGGCCAGGGGUUAUCACCAUGCAGGCGUUGUCGGAAGAGGACCGGAGGCUCUGGAUGGAAGCCAUGGAUGGCCGGGAGCCUGUCUACAAUUCGAACAAAGACAGUCAGAGUGAAGGAACUGCACAGUUGGACAGCAUUGGCUUCAGCAUAAUCAGGAAAUGCAUCCACGCUGUGGAAACCAGAGGGAUCAAUGAGCAAGGGCUCUACCGAAUUGUGGGGGUCAAUUCCAGAGUGCAGAAGCUGCUCAGCGUCCUGAUGGACCCCAAAACAGCUUCUGAAACAGAGACCGAUAUCUGUGCUGAAUGGGAGAUAAAGACGAUCACUAGUGCUUUGAAGACCUACCUAAGAAUGCUUCCAGGACCACUCAUGAUGUACCAGUUUCAAAGAAGUUUCAUCAAAGCAGCAAAGUUGGAAAACCAGGAGUCUCGGGUCUCUGAAAUCCACAGCCUUGUUCAUCGGCUCCCAGAGAAAAAUAGACAGAUGUUACAGCUGCUCAUGAACCACUUGGCAAAUGUUGCUAACAACCACAAGCAGAAUCUGAUGACAGUGGCAAACCUCGGCGUGGUGUUUGGACCCACCCUGCUGCGUCCUCAGGAAGAAACAGUAGCAGCCAUCAUGGACAUCAAGUUUCAGAACAUUGUUAUUGAGAUCCUAAUAGAAAAUCACGAAAAGAUAUUUAACACCGUGCCUGAUACACCUCUCACCAAUGCCCAGCUGCACCUGUCCCGGAAGAAGAGCAGUGACUCCAAGCCCCCUUCCUGCAGCGAGAGGCCCCUGACACUCUUCCACGCCAUGCAAUCAGCAGAAAAACAGGAACAAAGAAACAGCAUCAUCAACUCCAGUUUGGAAUCUGUCGUCUCAUCAAAUGCAAAUAGCAUCCUUAAUUCCAGCAGCAGCUUGCAGCCCAACAUGAACUCCAGUGACCCGGACCUGGAUGUGCUCAAACCCACCCGGCCCAACUCACUCCCCCCGAAUCCAAGCCCAACUUCACCCCUCUCGCCAUCUUGGCCCAUGUUCUCGGCGCCAUCCAGCCCUAUGCCCACCUCAUCCACGUCCAGCGACUCAUCCCCCAUCAGCACACCGUUCCGGAAGGCAAAAGCCUUAUAUGCCUGCAAAGCUGAACAUGACUCAGAACUCUCGUUCACAGCAGGCACGGUCUUCGACAAUGUUCAUCCAUCUCAGGAGCCUGGCUGGUUGGAGGGGACUCUCAACGGGAAGACUGGCCUCAUACCUGAGAACUACGUGGAGUUCCUCUAACCGUGGGCCCCAGCAGACCUGCUGAGCUUUCCAUGGUAUCCAUGACAACUGCUGAUGCCAGUGUUGUAGGCCAUUGCUCUUUGCCGCUGAGAAAUGCGGGGUGAUUGACUCUGUUACCACCUGCCAGCAUGAAUGUUUCUGUGAACUCUGGUGUCACCCAUCCCCAUGAUCAUGUCAGCUGGCAUGUGGUGAUACUGCAAGGAACAGAAGUAAAUCAGCAGUGGAGGCCAUUUGAUUUUGAUAACCGAGGGAAAGGCUUGCAAAGCUGUUCCUCUCAUUUAGUGCCCUAAAUAGGGAGCAUUCAUUUUGUUUCAGCAGUCAUCCAAACCCCCAACCUUCCAAAAAAGGAAGUAAGAAAGAUUUCAGUAGUCCUCAAGAGCAUGCAGUGUAGCUAAGUCUAACAGGGCUGGGCAUUGGCUCUGAGGCCCAGGCUGGGCCCGUUGCUUCUGUUUACAGUAGACACUCUCUACCCCACCUCUAAAUACUUGAGACCCACAGUGCUACAGGCAGCUGGGUCUGUCUGUUUGCAUGCAGGAGGGAGAUGGUUUACGGCACUGUUUACAUAAGAUGCAAUCUCUCGCCAUCUCCAAGCAGCCUUGGCCAAGCAUCAGCAGAAUUCAGCUCAGUCCUCUCGUGCAAGGGAACACACACACCCCACGUUCCCCCUCCCAAGCUAGGAACUUCUCUGCCACCCAGGGCUGCCAUCACCUCGUAACCACGGCAACCCAACCUACUCUGAAGCCAAACCAAAAAAAUAACACUCUUUUUGCAUGACAUAUUUUUUCUCCCUCCUUUUUGGUCAUUUUUUGAAUGAUUUUCCAACAACCUGAAGCAGAAGAUCAAGGGAUUAGAGUGGUCUGCUUGGGGCUGACAGAAUAGCGGCUGGGAACUCUUCCCUUUCUGAUGAAUUUCAGCAGCAUCAGGAUAUAUUUGGAGCAAACCCUAGUAACCUCUUGAGAUUAAAUUACAUACAGGCUUA